AUGGACGUGCACGACUUGUUUUCUAGUUGCAAGAAGGGCGACAUCUGUAGAGUCAGAUACCUUGUUGAACAAAGAGAUGUGGACCUCAAUGUAAGAGAUAAAUGGGACAGCACCCCGUUGUAUUACGCAUGUCUCUGUGGCCAUGAGGAGGUGGUCCAGUACCUGUUGGGGAGUGGUGCCAAGUGUGAAGCCAACACGUUCGAUGGUGAGAGGUGCAUGUACGGCUGUCUGAGCGACUCCGUGAGGCGCCUGCUCAAAGACUAUAAGUGUGUCAGCGUCCGUGCGAUGCAGCGGGAUGAUUUUAACUACUUCCUGCACAUGUUGUUGGAGCAGGGUCAACACAGUGACGUCAAGUUCCUGGUCCACGGGCAAAUGUUCACGGCCCACCGAUGUGUUCUCAGUGCACGCUCGGAGUACUUCACCAACAUGUUUGAGAGCAAAUGGAAAGGGAAGAACCUGAUCACCCUCAAACACCCUCUGGUGAACCCUGCAGCCUUUGGAGCCAUCCUACAAUAUUUCUACACAGGACGAAUGGAUAUUGAUAUAAGCCUUGUGGAGGACUCAAGACGACUAGCUAAACAGUGCAAAAUGGCAGAUCUCAUGGAGGCGCUGGAGAAUAAAUGCAAACAGGUGUAUGAAUAUGUGUCCAACAAGCCAGGAAUCUGUGUGAAGGUUCUCAGCCUGGAGCCUCACACCUGUCAACUUCAGGAGGAAAUGGCUCAGUUAGCAGACUGUGCACUUCCCACUGAACUAAGAGUUGGAUUUGGUGAACUUCCCUUUAACAGAGUCGACCGCUUCCCCACCUAUCCUGACAUCUGCUUCAGGGUCGAUGGUUAUGAUUUCUUGUGUCAUAAGGCAUUUUUCUGUGGACGCAGUGAUUAUUUUAAAGCCUUACUGGAGGACCACUUCAGUGAAGGAGAGCUGCUGCAUUCCCAGCCCAGCACCCCAGUCAUUACUUUACACAACAUUUCCCAUGACAUAUUUAUCCACAUCAUGUAUUACAUAUACACCGAUUACACAGAGCCAACAACAGAGAACGUGUAUGACUUGCUGUGCGUGGCCGACAUGUAUCUGCUGCCGGGGCUGAAGCGCCUCUGUGGGAAGACGCUCGCUAAGGCUAUAUGUCAGGACAACGUUCUGCUCAUGUGGAAGACCGCAAAGCUUUUCCGUCUCUCUCGGCUGGAGGAUCACUGCGCUGAGUUCAUGGCCAAGAUAAUUGAUCGGCUAGUGGAGCAGGCCGAGUUUGCCGAGAUCAUCAAAGAGGAUGCUCAGAUGGUGGAGCAGCGACACACGACAGACUCCGUCCCUCUGGUGGACGACAUCCGCUACCACAUCGCCAGCAACGUGCAGACCUACAGCGCCAUUGGGGAGGCCAAUCAGAAGCUGGAGGCCCUGGAGGAGCUGCUCUCCAGCAUUAAUCUUGAUUGCUGAGGGGCCGGCAGGGAGUGUGGUUUGUGGCUGCAGCUGCUGCGGAGUUUGAGGUUUUUUAAGGUGGAUGCUUCAGGAGGGGACGUGGUGCAAAAGUCUGUGGUUAGAAAACAUAUGUCUCUGUAUGUUUGUAGGUUUUAUUAACAGUAUGAUAUAAGGAAUAUAUAUUUUCAAAGGAUGCCCUUUUGUUACAGGGACGUUUUCAGUGGAAGCUGUUUAUGUUGUCUCUUGAAAGUUUAUUUGUAUGAGAUUCGCUGAAAGAUAUUGGCAAUGAAGGUUGUGGAUCGUGGAUUAUGUACUUACAACAGAAUAUAGCUCAAUUGCGCACAUUCACCUUCGGAAUUAUUUAUAGCUGGUAGAUUUUAGACUACCUGAUGAUUUGGCUCUUUUAAAUGUACUUUUGCCCAAUAAGCACCAGCCCUCCAUGACAUUUUAUUUUUAUGCUCAAACAAAGCUAAACAAGUACUUGCCAUACUUGUUACACUGACACACACUUGAAAACUAUGCCUAAAAAGACGAACAGCACAUCAUGCUUCUUCAUCUCAAUAAAGAAUAGAGAAUAUUUUGAACCUCUAACUUCUUAUUCGAAGUGAAAUUAUAAUUUUACAGCAUAUUUCAUGUACAGCAGCAUGCAAAUUCUGUGCUGGAUAUAGUGGCAAUACUUCUGCUUGCUCUUCGACCCAUAACAUUCCUCUAUUGUGAACACUUACUGGCCUCUAACGUACCUUAUUCCUGUCCUUUGUUUAAACUUGAAAUGGAAAAGGAUAUAUCUUGUGCUGCCUUCUAAGACAGCAAACCUUGCCUUGUGUGCACAAGAAAGUAAAGCUGUUUCAAAAUUGUUUGCAUGUAAAAUCUACCAUCAAUGAAGAAAUUUGUUUUAAUUUAUUGCAGAAUAUCUCCCAUUGCUCAGUCUCAACCUGCUGUUAUGAAAAGUAGAUAUAUUACUGCUUUUGUUAUCAGCAAUUAAAUGUGGUAUUGCAA